AUGUGUCUUCUAGAAUGCAUCUACACUAAACACUUAUGCCUGGAUGGGAGGCAGAUACACUUGGAAAUUUAUGACCCUUGUUCACAGCCACAGCAGGGGAAGCUUUCCCUCACAGAUGAGCUCCACUGGUCUGAUGGAUUUGUCAUUGUUUACGACAUCAGUAACAGAGCAUCAUUUGCAUUUGCAAAAGCAUUGCUGUAUAGGAUCCGAGAGUCUCGCAUAGGAGCUUGUAAAAAGUAAGUGGCCUUAUUUUUUUUUUCCCUCAGCAAACAUAUAAAAGCUGAAAACCUUUCUUUGAGCU